UUCUCUUCACAUACGAAUUGAUCGGACCAAAUUAUUCAGUUAAUAAGAAGAAGAAAAAUACACAAUACCAAUCAUCGCGAUGGGUUUCAAGAUAUUUGUGGUGGCGAUGAUGGUGGGUUUCGUUGCAGCGGCGCAGAUUUCAGCGGCAUCCACUGUUCCCGCUUUUCUAUGGUCUCCGGUCUUAUCCAACAAUGAAUUGAAGGAAUCUGUAAAUUAUCAGAUCAUGUCUCCUAAGGAUCUAGCUAACUCUGUUCUCUCUCAAGGGGGUUGGUCUGACUUACUGUUGCACUCUUCAGAUGUUGCAGGAAGCAAACAUGUGGAUCCGGCUCUUUUGAACUUGCUUAAGGCCUCUUUUACCAGGUCCAACUUCUCAUUGGCAUUUCCAUAUGUAGCUACCUCUGAAGAGGAAACAAUGGAGAAUUUGUUGGUUUCAAGUUUUAAGGAAGCUUGUGGGCAUGGUUUGGGAAUCAGUAAUGUUGCAUUUUCAGAAUCAUGCUCUAUAGAGGGUGGCGGUUUCCAGAAACUUGGAAACUUGCAUUCGAUCCAUGAUCAUCUAGUUUCAAGGAUGGAACAGAGAACAAAGGGGGAGACCGAUUUGGUUGUUCUAUGCCAUGGAGGCUUUCAAUCUCUGAAAGAACUUGACCAACCAUUCCCCGAGAGCGAGAUUUUGAAUGAAGUUAUGAGUUCAGUGGAGCAAUCCGGGGCUAAAUAUGCAGCUCUUUAUGUUUCUGAUCCUUUUAAAUCCACCCACUAUCCCGGAUAUAAAGAGCUUGAAAGGUUUCUUGUUGAAGAUAAUCCCAAGAAUGCUUCAGCCAGUGGUCAAAUCUGUGAUGAGGUUUGCAAGCUAAAAUCGUCACUCCUAGAGGGAGUUUUAGUUGGACUCGUGUUGCUUUUAAUUUUAGUGUCGGGUCUUUGCUGCAUGAUGGGCAUCGAUACGCCAACAAGAUUCGAGGCGCCACAAGAUAAUUGAUUGUCUAUUUGGUGCAACCGAGCGUCUUUAUUUUGCAAUAAGGCUUUCGUCCUUAAUGAUAUCUAGGAGUUUGUUCUUUGAAACUGCACAAGACCGUCAUCUAUGGCCUUAAACAAGCACCACUAGCUGGGUAUCGAGAGAUAAGUAGUUUUCUGCUUCAAUAUGAUUCAGAACUCAGUUUCAUAUGUCUGUUUA